AUGACAUCACUAGAUGAGGAGGGCGACAAUGCCAUUGGACAGAAGGUCAAAGACAUGUACUACGAGAUGAUCAACGGACGAGGAGGUAAACGUUCCUACGAGGAGGACGCGAACGAGGCAGAUGAGAAGAAGCAUGUCAAGAAGUUGAACAAGCGAAGAGCUAAGGAAUUGCGAAAACAGCAAAAGAAGCUGCAAGAUGAAAUGGCAAAAGCGGAUUCAGACGAUGAGAUUCCAUUCUUCAUGCAGGACGCCUCAAUCAAGGCAGCCAUGCGUGAGCGAGCGAUGGAGGAGGCGAGAAAGAAUGCAAGCUCUUCGUCGUCGAGCGGCAGCUCUGGCAAAAAGAAGAAGAAGAAGGACAAGAAGAAAAAAAAGGCCGAGCAGCAACCUGCAGAGCCGAAGGGCUGCAUGAGUCUUCUGACGCCCCAUGGUCCUACGGCGGUCUUGGACUCUCGCUCUGCAUUGUGCAGCCCAGUCUGCAGCUACAACAUCGUUUUGACCCUCCUGUCGACAGGCAAAAAAGUCAUCGUCCUCGUCCAGCUGAUUGAGGUCUUGGUGGCUCGACUGCCAGCGCAGAUCCGAGGAAAAGUUUCUCACAUGUGUGGCAAGAAAUUUUCGGUCCUGAACUCUGCAUUACUUCUUCAUCAAAGGACGUUUGGUUAA